GAGAAAUCGACUGCUCGCACUCGCACAAGAGCCCAGCUGCGCUCAGCGACAGCUCGAGGGCGAGCCGAUGAGCCUCGUCGACCUCCCCGCCGAGCUCGUCGCCCAAGUCGCGCGUUACCUGCCUCGUGCCGACCAAGCCCGACUCAGCCUCAUCUCUCGCCUCGUGCGGCCGUCAGUCCAGCACGAGCUGUACCGCGACGUCGAGCUCGACCUCGACACGCUCUACGACGCCGACCUCGACGAGUUCCUCGCCGGCAAGUGCCGACCUCGAGCCGCCGUCGCCUCGCUCGCCGACGACCCGGUUCGCUGCGCCCUCCUCCGCCGCUUCGCCAUCAAGGACCACGACUCCUGGCUCGAUCCAGACGCCGUCACCAACAUCGGCAAGGUCCUGCGGCAGGCGACGCUGCUCGACGAGGUGGGCAUUCUCCAUACGGACACCUCGAACGGCGAGCACGAGGACCCGUCUACGGCGUCCAACAUACAGCGCGUGUGGGACGUCCUGCCUGUCCUUCCCGCUCUUCGACGCCUCACCAUCCACGUCGGCCCUGUCGCGGCUCUCAACCUCGACAAGCUCGUCCACCUGCGCCAGCUCGAGGUUGAGAUCACCAACCUCGACAGUACCCGUGUCGGCGCCCUCCCGAGCAGCCUCGAGGUCCUGUCACUCGCCCAAGUCGCAGGCUUGACGACGACCUGGUUCAGCCCAUCCCUGUUCUCGCACUUGCGGUCCCUGACCCUGUACCACCUCGAGGCGCCCGAGAUCCGGAUCGUCGAGCAUGCUCUCGAGGAGUACGCUCGAUCGGCUCGACCGUCCACCCUCACGCACCUGCACCUCGACCUGCACCCGUACGAGAUGGCGCCUCACGACCCUGCCGAGGAUCCGGCCAACACCGCGCUCGUUAUCCGGGUCCUGCGCGCGUUCAAGCCGCUUGCCGACUCGGUCGAGAAACUCGAGGUCAUGACGAGCCCGCAGUACCCGUACCACGACGACUCGUCGCCCAUCAUCGCCGCAUCCGUCAUCUCCGCCCUCACGUCGAGCUUUACGCGCGUCAAGCACCUGCAGCUGUUCAUGGGCGACGAGACGCACGGGUUUUUCCCCUACAAGACGCACGACCUGAUGCAAGACCUGGUUCUCGGGCUCGCCCGCUGCACGCUUCUGCGUCGCCUCGACACCAACGUCUUCCGCCCCACUCGCGCGACACGCCGACUCGAUUGGGACACCGGCGACGACGUGUGGCAGUCCGCCUUCGAGGAGGCUGUCUGGCUCUCGGCGAGCCACUACUUUGACCGACUGCCGACGCUCGACGCCGCCAUUGUCUCGCCAGACGAGUGCUACCUGAGCCGCAAGGCAUUUUCGCGCACAGGGUUCUACGGCGAGUCGGACGUCCUCGUCAACUUUCAGCGCCGCGACGAGGUCAUCGGCUUCGAGUUCUGCGCGUCGUCCAGAUCCCGUCGAGGCGCACGCGAGGCCCAGUCGGCCGUCACGAGCGCGCAAGAGCGUCGAUUUCGAGGGCGAUCGUCCAUCGGCGCGCAGGAGGCCGGCUUGUCGACGGCCAAGGCGCGCUCAACACGUCGGCUCUCAAUCGCCUCGACCUCGUCUUAG